AAGACAAAGAGCAUGUGCAUCACUGAUUGAAGACUAUCUGCAUUAUACAUAACGUCACAAAAUAUUAAAUGAGUAACCUGUGACAUUGUUUUGCAUGGCCUGUUUUGUAUCAUGGAAGCUUUGAGAAGUGAUACAGUACGUGCUUCUGACUCUAUGCAUUCUUUGUCUUGCAUUAAUACACAUCAUAUUGAUGAACUAUCAAAAGAAAAAGAGGAGGAGCUAUUAUAUGGUGCAGGUGAUGAUGGUGAUGAAGAAGAUGCACUUUCAGAUGAUAGUAUGCGUUUGAGACUUUCUGAUGAUGAUGAGAUUGAAGCUGAAGAUGUUUUAACACCUGCUUUAGAUGAUCAAGAAAAUAAAUCAAAAAGUAUAAAAAUUGAAAUGACUUCAGGAAAAGAUGACAAUAUGCAAACUACUAUUCCAGAAAAAAAUAUAAUGGAGAAUGACACAGCUGCAGAGAAAAUAAAACAAGAGGAACAUUGUAAAGGUAAUGUUAUCAAAGAUGAAGAGAUAGUAACUGAUCAUGGAAAAGUUGCACAAAGAAGUGAAAAUGGGCUGAUAAGGCCACAAAUAUCUAAUAUGCCUCGCCCAUGGAAAAAUUGUGACCCUCAAUGGAGAUUUGCUAGGAACCCUUGUGGUCGCUCCUUUCAUAAUGCCAACCAUCCUUCUUAUAACAGAUAUCGUUAUUUAACACCUAGAGGACAUUAUAGACUUCAGUCGUAUGACUAUAAUACUAGAUAUCGUAAUGCGUUUUUUCCUGUUGAACGAGGAAGAGGUAAUGGAAUGUUUAAUACAUAUAACAGAUCAUAUGGUAAUAGACAACAAAAUAAAGGUUUUAAAUCUACUAUUAUGCCAAAAUUAAAUAGUUCAACCGAACUUGAUCAAAAUCUUUCAUCUAUUUCGAAUACAAACAUAUCUCCAAACACUGAAGUUAAAAACGAUAUUAAAAAUACAAAGGUUGAUGAUAAAAAGACAAUAGAAAAAAAUAACACAUUAAGUAGCGAGAUAUUGGUUGAUAGUGACAAAAAUAAUGAACAAUCAAAUAAAUUAUUGAAUGAAAAGGUAGAAAACAUUACUACUGAAAAUAUUCAUAAAGAAAAUAUUGUUGAUGCGAAUUCCGUUAAUGAUUCAUUAGAAUUACAACAUAAUUUCAAAGAAAAUUCGGAAAUAAUAUGUAAUGAUACUAAAUGUAAAAGUAUUACAACUAGUGAAAUUAAUAUCUUGAAUGAUAAUUCAAGUGAAAAACUUGUAAAUUCUGCAAUAAAUUGUCUUGAUAAUGAUAAGGAAACAGACAAAAUAAGUGAAAAUAGUAUAAAUAAUGCAGAUGUUGAGCCUAGUGAUUUUUAUAUUGGUGACAAUUCCAAAGAAGUGGAAGCAUUGAAUAUAGAUGUAAAAUGUAAAUCUGAUAAAGAUGAAACUAUAGAGUAUACUGAAAAAAAUGAUAUAAGUAAUCAAAAAAAGGAUGAAGUAGGUAAAACGACUGACAUAGAUAUAAAUGAAAAUAAAGAUGAUAAAAAACUUAUGAAAUUAGAAAAAGAAGAACUUAAUACAAAUCAACAAUCAACAGAAAGGAAUCAUGAAACAGAAUUAUUAGAAAGUAAUUGUAAUACAAUUACUUUGAAUACUUCAAAAGAGCAGAAGAUAGUAAAUAAUGAAUUAACAGUAAAUGGGAAAGUAACAGAUCAUAAAGUAGAAGAAAUUGCUAAGAAUAAAGAAGAGGAAGUUUCUUUACAAGCCACAAAGUUAAAUAAAGAUCAUGAAGAUAGUGCUCUAAAUGCAAUUACUAUUACAUCGAGUGAUUUAACUAUUACAAAAGAUGAUGAUGAAAUUAUAAUCAUACAAAAUAAUACACCAGCAAUUAACAGUGAAAAAUGCGAGAAUAACCAAUUGAAAAGUAGCGAUAAUAGUACAAAUUCUACUAAAAUUAGUAAAUUAAUUCCCCCUGAGGAUCAAUUAACUCAUCCUAAAAUUAAUCUUCAGGAGCAAAAUAAUGUUUUUACUGAAAAAAGUAUAAAACCUACAGAAAAAGAAAACUCAAUGAUAAGUCCUACAAAUAAAACAGCAAAAAUAACUGUAAAUUUUAAAUUGGCAUUGAAUAAGAAUAAUUCAUCUGACAUAAAUCCACAAAAUGGUUCAUUAGAUAUUGUUAUUGAUGCAAAAACUAAUAGUGAGGAUAAUGAUAAAAAAACUAGUGAUAUUCCCGUAUCUACUCAAAGGAGGAGGAGACGAACAAAAAAAAUGAUUAUUGCAGCACAAGAAGUUGUUUCUGAAGAAGAAAAGCAAGUUAGGGAAAGUGGAAGACAGAAAAGACAAACAGCUAAGAAUGCAGAAGAAAUAAUAAGGAAGAAAUAUCUUAAUCAUGAUAGUGAUCUAGAGUCAAGUGAUGAUUCAGAAAAGUUUGUGGUUGUAAAUCAUAAGAUGAAUCAAGAUAUAUGUCCUUUAUCCCCACCUUCAUUAAAACGCAAUUACUCUGACAAUGAUAGUACUGUUAUGAAUGGUAUUACUAAGAAAGCUAAAAUAAAUUCUGAAGCAGUGCCGAAUGAAUUAACAACAAAAGAAAGUAGUUCUGAAAACCUUAAAAAACUUAGCUAUGUUCAUAAAUUUUUCCAAAGAGAUUUUAAAGAAAAGCUACCAAAGUUAAAGCAGGAAGAAUUAGAGGAACUACUGAUACAAAAAAUUGUUGAAACGAUUACUAUGCGCGCUGAAAUCGGUAAAUUGAGGGAGCAAGCACGUAUAUCAGAAAGAAAUCAAGAAGUAACACGUGCAAAAUGCCAACAAUUAGCUAAACAAAUUAAAGAUUUUGAAAUGGUAUUAAGUCGCAAUGCAGCUGAUCGUCGUGCAAAUAAUGAUAAACCUACUCCACCAAUUAAAAUCAAUAGAUCUGUUGGAUUACAAGUCAAUUUUAUAACGGAUAAUGGAAUGCAGAAUUUACGACAACUACAACAGACUUCUAGUAUAAAAUCUUUACAUGUUUCAAGUAGUAGUAAUACUUUAAAUACUUCCAAUAAUGAAACGAAUAAUGCAUCGAGUCCAAGGAAAGGAAUUAAAAUAAGAUCUCCCAGACGAAUCGAACCUAUGGGUGGACAAAGUCCUGUAGUAGUAUCACAAAAUCACACUCAAUCUCCGAAUAUUACAUCUACUAUUACUCCCGCAGCUUUAGUUGUUGCUAAACCUGUAGAUACACAGCAUACUUUAACAUUAUCUAAUCAACCUAAUGUUCAACAAAUUAUGUCAAAUACACAGUCGCCACAAUCACAACAAACUAUAGUUUUAAAUGGAAAAUUUCCAAAUCAAAUAAAUCGGCAAGGAUCUACUACAAUAACUGUUGCAAAAUCGCGUGCAAAUGAUCUUAUUGAUCUUACAGAUGAAGAAGAAAAAAGCAAAGCUACCGUUGUACCAGUUGUUACGACCACAAUAACUGAACAAGUAAAUUUAGCGCCAAAAACGCAACCUUGCUUUCAAAGGGUAAUUCAAACCAUUCCCGGGAAUGUAGCUAUAACAAGUCAACCUCCUAGUAUAAGAGUAGUACAACCUGCCAGCCAACCUACACCUACUGCUUUAGUUAACAAUAUGAAUGCACCUCGAUUAGCGUAUGUGAUGCAAAGUAGUGUCGGACCAACAAGGCAAUUAUUAAUAGCACCAAAUUCUAAUCCGAUGCGGCCAGUGACUUCAUGUAGAGCUUCAUUUCCAACUGUAACAUACAAAACAGGAAUAUCAACAAUUGCAAAUGGUACGGUUCGAGUUUUAACAACACCAGCUACUUCAAAUGUACAGUUAAAUAAGCAUCCUGCACCUUUGCCAGAUAUACGCAGUUAUACUCUGAAUCCUAUUAUCAAACUUCCACCACCAGCUCCAUCAUUGAAGAUAUCUAAAGUAGCACAUGGCAUAGUACUGUCUUGGAAUAUGAAUUUGUCUGACAAGUAUGCAGAUAUUGCUAGUUACCAGUUGUAUGCAUACCAAGAAGUUGCUGGUGUUCCUCCUAAUACAUCACUGUGGAAAAAAGUAGGCGAUGUUCGAGCUUUACCACUGCCUAUGGCGUGCACGCUUACACAAUUUUCCGAAGGCAAUAAUUAUUACUUCGCAGUUCGAGCAGUUGACACACAUUCCCGAAAAGGACAGUAUAGUAUACCUGGCAACAUCUCUUUGUAA